AAAAUUAAAGGGGAAGAAAGAUUCAAGGCCGAGGAGCACGGAUCAAUAGAAAUUUUCCAAUACAAUUCCUAUUGUUUAACCACUCUUUGCCUGCCUAUGAAGUUCUUGACCCUAGUUGGCUCUGAUAAUUUGGAGAAAGAGAGAGAGAAUGGGGAAAAUAGCGGUGAAGAUGAAAUCGGUGACAUACGCCCUGUCGCCGUUCCAGCAGAAGGUGAUGCCCGGCCUCUGGAAGGAUUUGCCCGACAAGAUCUCCCAUAAGAUCUUCGAGAAUUGGAUCAGCGCUACCCUCCUGCUCGGUCCGCUCGUCGGCACCUAUUCAUAUGUGCAAUGGUACCUGGAAAAGGAGAAGAUGGAGCACAGAUACUGACAACUUCCCAAUUUUGAGUUUUGCAGCUGAAUAAGCUGUGUAUUUUCAUUUUGUCUAAUUUAUAUGAAUUCUUCAACUUUUGAAUUUUGAAUUAUUAGAUCUCGAAAUGUGUUGACACCGAAUACAUUUUUUCAGUCAAAAACUGCAAGUUUUGGAGCUCCA